AUGACAUUCAAUCUUCAUGAUGAUCAACCUGAAGAAAGCCCUAAUUCAUGGCACAAAAGGAAAGAUUUGUGUCUCACUGUGAUCACAAGUUACUCCCCCAUCAUUCUCUGCACCCAACAAGGUGUGAAGUCGCAAUUGGAUUAUCUUCAGCAGGGCUUGCCAGCGUAUGAUCAAUUUGGCAUAUCAAGAAAAGGGCCUCAGGAUGCUACUGAUGAAUCCUGCACCAUCUUCUACAACAAGGAAAAAGUAGAGCUGCUAGAGGGUGGAACUUUUUGGUUGUCAGAGUCUCCCUCGGUCCCUGGAAGCACGGCGUGGGGUUCUGCAGUUCCUUCUGCCUACACAUUCCAACUGAGACGAGUGGAGCCACCUGGUUUUUCGUUUCAGAUAGUCAACACAAACUUGGAUGAAAUCAGUCCUCGUGCCCGUAGGCGAAGUGCUUUGCUCACAUGGCAACACAUUGCAUCAUUACCUCCCACAUUGCCCGUUGUGUACUGUGGAGGAUUCAACACACAGAAGGAAUCAACAACCGGGCGAUUUCUGUUGGGCAGAUCUAGAGAGCACGGUGUGGUAGGGGACAUGAGAGACGCAUGGCCAAGUGCCCGAGUACGAAAAAAUGUCGCUCUCAUAAGAACAUAUCAUGAUUUCAAAGGUGACAAGCAGGGAACGGUCGAGUUCCUGAAGCUAAUAUUCAGAGCUCUAUGCCUCUGCUGGGACCGACAGACACAAGAUCUACACACGGAUUGGAUACUGUACAGAGGUAGGUCUGUAGUUCCCGUGAUGUGCGAGGUGGUAAAUGAUAAGAUCGACGAGUUGUAUCCUUCGUCUCACUACCCUGUCUUUGCUGAGUUUAUGCUUCCUCGUUCUGUAAGAAUGCUUGAACCUGUUCCUGUUCCUCCUCAAGAAGAAAGCUAG